GCAGGACGUCACCGCGGACUGCAGGGGCCGGAGCCGCCGCCGCCGCCGCCGCCACCGCGCAGCCCCGCAACAGCGCCCCGGGGACCCACAAAUCCGCGCCGCCCCGCAAGUCCCCGCAGCUCGGCUCGGCUUGACUCGGCUCGGCUGAAGGCUUCGUCCCCGCAGCCAAGAUGGCGUCGGCCACAGACUCCCGCUACGGCCAGAAGGAAUCUUCGGACCAGAACUUCGACUACAUGUUCAAGAUCCUCAUCAUUGGCAACAGCUCAGUGGGCAAGACCUCCUUCCUGUUCCGCUACGCCGACGACUCCUUCACGCCCGCCUUCGUCAGCACUGUGGGCAUCGACUUCAAGGUCAAGACCAUCUACCGCAACGAGAAGAGGAUCAAGCUGCAGAUCUGGGACACGGCGGGCCAGGAGCGGUACCGGACCAUCACCACGGCCUACUACCGCGGCGCCAUGGGCUUCAUCCUCAUGUACGACAUCACCAACGAGGAAUCCUUCAACGCCGUGCAGGACUGGUCCACCCAGAUCAAGACAUACUCGUGGGACAACGCCCAGGUGCUGCUGGUAGGGAACAAGUGUGACAUGGAAGACGAGCGCGUGGUGUCCUCGGAGCGGGGCCGGCAGCUGGCCGACCACCUGGGUUUCGAGUUCUUCGAGGCCAGCGCCAAGGACAACAUCAACGUGAAGCAGACCUUCGAGCGGCUGGUGGACGUCAUCUGCGACAAGAUGUCCGAGUCCCUCGACGCCGCCGACCCAGCGGUCACAGGCGCCAAGCAGGGCCCGCAGCUCAGCGACCCGCAGGCCCCGCCGCACCAGGACUGCGCCUGCUGAGCGCGCCCAGGUCCCCUUCCCCCGCACCCCUAUUUAUUAUUGUAGCUAUUUAUUUAUUUAUCGAUGGAGACGCCCCCAGCCCUGGCGCCCUGCCCUGUACAGACAGCCCCGCGCACCCUCCUGCUCUGCCGUGUCGUGGCCCGUGCCCCUCCGCUCCUGGACCCCCUUUUUUUAAACUCACCCCCAUCAGCACAUAGGGGUUAAGAAAGCGGCUGGCGGCGUCCCCGAAGGAGGUGGCCAGACUCGGCCUGCCCCUCGGAUGGAAGUUGGGGGGGUCUCAGCAAAGGGGCGCCCCUUCCCCAGGCUCGGUGUUAGGGUGGUGCUGCCGUGUCCUCAAGUCCUGAGUGUCCAACCUGCCCCUCCAGCCCCCCAGGAGACCUCCUGAACCCCUGACCCUCCCCAAUAAAGUGAAUGGACACCCA